UAUGAACAGUCGGUUUUACACACAGACGUGACGUCAUGCUAGUCCAGUUGGGUUAGGUUUUUGUGCUAAAAAUUAAUAAAAAUUUUUUUUAGGAUACUUAAUUUAGCUAGUUAUUUCAUUGAUAUUAGAAUUUGUGCUGUCGAGUUAGUGAUAAACUUAUUUUAUUUUUGAGGUCAGUUUGAUUAAAGGCUUCCUUUACAAGACAUUGUACAUGACAUUUUAAGGAAAAAUGAGUCAACAUGAUGGUGUAAGUUGUGAUUCUUGUAUGAAAGCUAAUUUUCGAGGUCGCAGAUAUAAGUGCCUGGUGUGUUACGAUUACGAUCUAUGUGCAAGUUGUUAUGAAAGAGGUGCUAGUAGUACUCGCCAUCUUACUGAUCAUCCAAUGCAGUGUAUACUUACAAGAACUGAUUUUGAAUUAUAUUAUGGAGGAGAAGGUAUAAGCGUUGAACAACCUCAAUCAUUAACUUGUCCUUACUGUACAAAGAUGGGAUUUACAGAAGCCACAUUACAAGAGCACGUUACUGCUGAUCAUCCAGAUACAUCUUUUGAAGUGGUUUGUCCUGUUUGUGCAUCUUUACCUGGUGGAGAUCCAAACCAUGUAACUGAAGAUUUUGCUGGCCAUUUAACAUUGGAACAUCGCAGCGGGCCCAGAGAUUUAAUGUCGUUCUUAGAUGAAUCUGCAUCCACAAGACCCAGUGUACGUCGAAUGCCUCAUCCUUCUAGAGGUGUAGGUGGACCUCGUACUCGAAGAACAAACAUGCACUUUAGUUCAUCUGGAGGGCUUAGUCCAAGUAAUAGAGAAGGUAUUGAUCCCAUUGCUGAAUUAUUAUCUCAAUUAUCAGGAGUACGCCGAACUGGCAGCAGUCAAAGUUCAUCUGCCCCAUCGCAACUACAACAAUUACAAAUGCAAUUACAAUUAGAACGUCAACAAGUUCGUGCUGCAAGACAACAAUUGGAACGUUUACCUAGAAGACAAACUCAAGUAAUUGGUUCUGUUAAUAGCGGAGGUGGAAGUAGUGCCGGUCACACUACAACAAUGGCCACUGUUUUAGCUAAUAAUACCGUUACUUCCAAUAAUGUGUCUAGUAACAGCAAUUCAGUUUCAUUCUGCACCACAUCUUCUACAUUGCAAAAUUCUACUUUCUUAAUACCAAGAUGUAUUACCACGACGCUUUCGGAUUCCCAAUUACAUACCAUUGAACGUGAAAGUGCAAAUCGAAGUUUGUUUGCUCGGGAAUUAGUAGUUAGUACGCUUACUCAAGCUCUUUCGGAUUUAAUAGAGAAUCAGAUUACACCUCAAAGAGGAACGUUGCCUAACUCUAAUAAUGUAUUAACAAAAAGUAGUCGGGAUACCUUAAGUACGUGUCCAGACGUUAAAUCAAGAGAAUCAUUAAACUCCAAUCAAGAAACUAAAACAGGACAGUCAACUGCAGUUAGCAACGAACAAUUAGUGCAUUCUUCUAGCCUUCAACAUGAAACUGAUAAUAGCGAAACAGAAUUAUCUUCAACUCUUAACGAAGUUGUGAUACAAAAUGCAUCCAUUGUUCAGGCGUUGAGACACAGCGUAGCACCUCAAGCAAUGGUUUUACAACAAUCAGUAUCCCCUCCAGUGAGGAAUACGGGAACUGGAACAAUCAGAGAACAAAUAUCUGCUCCUGCAGCUGCUUACAUAAGAGGCGGUGUAAGUUCAGUUGGCGUGACAGGAGGUUCUCGCAGAAAGCCUGUUAGAUCUAUGGAUGGAAGAAAUCAGUCUACGGACCCACCACCACCACAUUAAUUUUGAUUUAAUAGAUGGUAAUAAAGAAAAAAAAAAGAAAGAAAACAUUAAAAAAGGAUGAGAAAAAGAAAAAAAAACCCUUUAGCGCUAGUCCUAGUAUCGUUUAAAACACCUUACUGUUGUUAUUAUAUUAUUACUUAUUGGCUAUUUUCCCGUCAAUUUGUACUGCUAUAUCUCUGUAAUUCCGUGUUAUUAAUCCUAACAAGUUAUUUCAUGCAAUACGAUAAGUGUUCCAACAAGGAUGCAUAUUGUGGGUAAAUUACCAUCGGGUUAUGUAUAUACAGCUCUUAUUGUCAAGAUUGUCUGAGAAAAGCCUCUUAUAAUUUAUAAUUUUAUUGAAUCACCUUUUAAUCACAAUUAUAUUUUCAUAUAUGGCUGGUUAAUUUUUAUCAAUUUCUGUUGAGUUAUAUAACUUUAAUGCUUAGACGAGUAUAAUUAACUAAAUGAUUGCGUGAAGAGCCAAGUAUAAUUAAUAACAUAUAAACAGAGAUUUGUCAUGUGAAUAAAAACACCCUUUCACAAAUA